AUGGGGAAGAACAAGCAAGGGCUGGCUGGCCUAAAAUCAGCAUGUUCUGAGCACGGAGCACUCAUCAGUAGAUGUCAAGGCCUACUUGCUACUACAAACACGAUGGCCCAUGAACUUGGACACGUUCUUGGGGCAGAGCACGAUGGAGAUGGAAACAGAUGCAACGCCGAAGACGGGUUCAUCAUGGCUGCUGUCUCGGAAAACUCGCCCAAGAAUGAAAAUAAAUUUUCCCGCUGCUCCAAAAAUUAUUUUGAGGAAUUAUUUGAUUCUUUGGAUAGAUCACGAAAAGGUAACUGCUUACUGAGAAAGCAUAAUCCGAGAAGUAGAAACCCAUUUUCGGAAUAUUUGAAAAUGUCUCCGGGUAGAAUCAUAGACCCACACCUUCAAUGCAAGCUCCAGUAUGGUCCUUCGUCUUACUACUGCCAUAUUGGUUCGGACGAUUGCACGAAAAUGCAUUGCAAAAAUCCGGACUCUGUAAAUUGUUUGGAGUCCCUGAUAGUGAAAGCCUACCCGAACACAACGUGUGGAGCUGGCAGGAGCUGUCAGAAGAGGCAGUGUCUUCCCGAUCCGAUGACUGAAACUGAUAAGGACUCAUGUUUCUUUGGGGACGAACCCGGUCCAUUCAUAUUAAAUGGCGAACAUUAUGAAUGUUUGAAGGAUAAUGUGAGAUUUUGCUACUAUAAGGAUUUUGAGAAAAAAUGCUGUAAGACAUGCGCUGAGGCUAAAGACCAUUCGAAACCAGAAAAGUGCAAGUUUGGGGACCGACCGAAUUUGGUAAACUUCGAAGGGACGCCUGUCACAUGCUCGAAAGACAGCAUCAGCAUGUGCUACUACGAUUGGUAUGAGCAAAAGUGCUGCAAAACGUGCGCAGAGGCCAAGGAUACAUCAAAAUCUGCUUCUUGCCCAUACGGCGACCAGCCAUUCAAAACUAACUUCGAUGGUGAAAUCAUAAGCUGCUCAAAGAACAGAACCAACAUGUGCUAUUACGACUGGUACGAGAAACAGUGCUGUCUGACCUGCACAGAAGCUAGAACAAAUUCAAAAUCGGCAACCUGCCCAUACGGAGAUAAACCGUUUAAAACGAAUUUUGAUGGGGAAAUCGUCGAAUGUUCCAAGGAUCGAACGGACUACUGCUACUAUGAGUGGUAUGAGAAACAGUGUUGUCAGUCCUGUGCCGAAGCUAAGAAAGAUCCCACCUGUCCGUAUGGGGAUAAACCAGGAUACAUGAGAUUCAACGACGAGCGAGUCGAUUGUUCAGCAAAAAAUUCAAAUUUUUGCUACUACGAUUCAUUUGCCAAGAGGUGCUGCAAGAUGUGUGCUGAGACUAAAGAUGUGACCAAACCAGGUUGCGAGUACGGUAACAAAGACAGAAUGUGCAAAUCAUAUUUGUCGAGGGGUCCUUUGGCUCGCCUUUGCUCAGGUGCUGGCAACUUCAAAGACUUAUGUUGUCUGGAGUGCCUAAAUUAUGAAUAA